UUCAGUUUAUCAGAAUUUUCCAUUUAUACACCAAAAAAAUAAUAAUAAAAAAAUCUCAACUUAUAUACUUAUAACAUCAAGAGAGAUUUCAAACCAAUUACAUAGUUACUAAGGUGAUUGGGGGGGGGAAGAAACAGAUUUCUCUUCCCUAACUACAUCAUUUAUAGUAAUAGUUACUAUGAGUUUAAAGAAUAACUGAUACAUAGAUACUAAUAUUCAAUAUUAUACUGAUUGUUUUAAACCAAUCAAAAUCGUUUAAAUAUAUAAAUGAUUAUUUCAUUGAUUGAUAGACUAUUAUAAAAAUUAUAUAAAUGAAUAGUAACAUUGAUUUAGUUUCUUUUUUUUCUCGUUUUUCUCUCUCUCGUUUUUUUCUUUUUUUUUCCCAAAAAACCGACAUUCAUAUAAAUUAUAAAACAAAUAAUUAUUGGAUAUAAUAUGUCACAUAGACGUGAAGCUGGUGCUAUACCACCAUGGGUUAUACCAGAAGAACAUAAACGUUCUUUCAGAAAAAAUGAAAUUCAUCCAAUUCCAUUAAAUAUUGAUCAUGAAUUGAAGGAAAUUAAUAGUUCAGAUCAUACAACUUCGAAUGGAUCAACGAUAUCAACAAGUUUAUUACCUAAAAAGGAACAACUUUACAUUACCGGUGGACAAUUAGUAAAUAGUGAUCAUAUACAAUUUGCCAAUAUAUUGAUUGAAGAUGGAAAAAUUGUGUCAAACGGCACAAACAUUGAAGUUCAGCCAGAUACUCCAACACUUGAUGCUACUGGAAUGUUAAUUAUGCCAGGUGGAAUUGAUAUGUCUACUUAUUUAAUACAAGAUAUUCAUUCGAUUGAUACAGAAGCCUAUAUAAAUUAUACAAAAGAGGCUUUACUUGGUGGAACUACAACAAUUGUGGAUACUAUUGUAUGUCCAAAAGGUUCAUCAGCUUUAGAUCUUUUAAUAAAAUAUAAAAAUACUUUCAAAGAAAAGAAAUUUUGGUGUGAUAUUAUUAUUCGUAUUGGUUUUAUUGGAGGGAUUCAAGAGAAUCAAAUAAACGAAAUAGAACAAUUAACUAAACAAUAUGGAAUUAAUUCGUUUCUAUUUAUUAUUGACCCAAUGGAAAUGGAUAAAACUUCUAAAGAUUCAUUAUACAUUACGAAUUUAUUAAAAGCUUUGGAUAAAUGUAAACAAACUGGUUCAAUUGCUGUGAUCAAAUUUGAUUUAAGAAAGACAAUUAACGAUUGUUCAAAUAAUUAUUUGAAUAAACAAAAUGAUUUAGAAUUAAGAUCCGUUGAAAAAUGUAUAUUUCUUGCUACUUCAAUAAAUUGUCCAAUCAUUUUUACCUCUAUCAAUGAUAUGAAUAUAAUUGAGAAAAUUUCUGAAGCAAAACGACAAAUUCCACCGAUUCAUAUUACUGUAUGUUGUACAUCAAAUUCAUUAUUAUCAGAAAUACCACAUAAUCAACAGUUUGGAAAUGGACUUUUACCCUUAUUAACCAAUGGUGAUAUCAAAUUAAUUUCAAGCGAUUAUUCUGACGUUGAUGCAGAUGGAAAGUCUAAUAGUUUACAAACAAUUAGACAAAGAUUAAUAACAACAUGGAAAGCUGGUGUGCCAACAGGAUGGUUAGAUGCUUCUACAUUUGUUAGUAUUACAUCAUCUAAUGCUUCACAUUAUUUAGGUUUAUAUCCAACUAAAGGAUGUUUACAUUCAGGAUCCGAUGCUGAUUUAAUAUGUUGGUCAUAUGAAAAUAUAACUGAUUGUACUAUACAAUAUCCAUCUAUAGUUAUACAUCAUGGGAAAUUAGUAGUAUAUAAUGGUAAUCUUAUAAAAGAAACAACGAAUGAUUUAAUGAUUAACCCAUGUAAUAAACUAAAUGAAUGUCAAUCUAAUCAACCACAAGGAAGUUUACAAAUAGGAAAAUUAUUUCCUUCUACGAUUUAUGAUCAGGUUAAUGGAUUUGAAAGAUUACGUAAAAUAAAUCAAAUUCUUAUUGUUCGUGAACCUUGGACAAUGAAUAAUUUAAAUGAAGAAUUAGCAACCAUUUCAAAAAUAUCAAACAACCUUGAAAAUAAUAAUAAUCAAAAUAGUGAACAAACAAAAGUUUGUUCAUCCAAUGAAAAUUUAAUGACAAUGUCAACUAAUAUACGUACAAUACGUGGUAAUCGAGAUUUACAUGCUUCAGGAUUUUCAUUAAGUGGAGCUCAAGUUGACGAUGAUCGACCAAUAAGAUCAACAAUUCGUACACAGCAACAAAGUGAAACAAGAAACCCGUUAUGGUAACGACACACACACACCUUUUUUCCUUACAACUGGUCUCUACUCAUCAUAAAUUCAUUCUAAUUAUGCACUACCAUUAUCAUUGUCAUCAUUAGAUAUGAACUCACCUCACUCUAUACACAUAUAUAAUAUGCAGUUUUGAUAAAGUACAUUACGUUACAAAAAAUUAUAUAUAUUACUAUAAUACUACUAAUAAUAAUGUUAAAUAAUAAAUUUCCAUUAUUCUUACAUAAUGAACAAAAUGGUAUAUUUUUC